GUCAGUCACAAUGGGGGUGAAGGGCUUGUCGUCGCUGCUGAAGGACUACAGCCAGAUCUACCAGGACAUCCGCUUCAGGGACAGCAAGCUGCUGGUGGACGGCACUAACCUGGCCUACAACCUUUAUGACAUGGCCAACCUGGACCAGAACCACGGCGGGGAGUACCUGGCCUACCAGGUCCAGAUCCAAGCUCUCUUCAAGGCUCUGAUCGAUUGUGAAAUCAAAGCAUACGUUGUGAUUGAUGGAGGCUCGGGCACAAGUGACAUCAAAUUGGACACCAGGAUGGACCGUCAAAGAGCCCGUCUGGAAAAUAUACCUGCUGCUCUGAAGGGCAAAAAAAUGGGCAUCUUUCCCCCCUCUAUCAUGUCAGUUUUUGAACAGACGCUGAACGACAUGAAGGUGCCGCUGGUCAAGUGCUUUGGAGAGGCUGACGGCCAGCUGGCUGCCCUGGCCAAAGAGUGGUCCUUCCCGGUGCUGUCCGGAGACACCGACUUCUUCAUCUAUGCCCUACCGAAGGGGGUUCUGCCCCUGCAUAACUUCCAGUGGGACUCAGUUAAAAGAACUGAGGCCAGUAGCUACAUCCCCUGCAAGCUAUACACCACGUCCAGCUUCUGCACCUUCUUCAACAUCAACGACCAGCUGCUGCCCGUCUUCGCCUCGUUGGCCUGGAACGACUACGUCAACCUCAGAGAUGAGUCAACAAGGUGGGCCGGAGGCAGUGCACCGGGAAGACCUACAAUGCCCCAAAGGGCCUCCCGCCUGGAGGGUCUCCUGAGUUGGCUGGGAGCCAGGAAUGACCGGACGACAGAAGACACCUUGACAGCAGCGAUGGCCGACAUGAGCCAACAGGCGCGGAGGGAGGUGCAGAAGUCCAUGCUGGAGUACCGUCUCCCCAGCUCCUCUCUGCGGGGGUUCUUCAGUGAGGGCACUGUUCCGCCGCUGCCUGCUGAGUUGAGCUGGGUCCCUGAGUGGGUCCGUGCGUCCCUGACCAGAGGAGGCCUUGGAGCUGACAUACUGAUGCACAGGAGGAAGAUUCUGCGGAUCCAGGUGGAGAGCAGCAACCUAAAGAGCUCCAACCUCACCUCACGGCCCAUCCGGCAGGUGUUGUACGGGGUGUUGCUGGCCCAGGGGGGGGGUGAGGUGGAGGAGGUGGACAGAGUCGGCCUUGAGCCCAACAGGGUCAAGGUGCAACCGCUGGUCCAAGGAGCCGCUCAGAGGCUGAGGCUGGACUCUCUACCCCAGAAACGCCACUCCAAGUAG